CGUACGCGUGUCUAGGACGGACGGUCGUCGUUUCUGCAGCCGCGUGAUGUCUGCAGGCUGCUCGAAUUGAGUUCUCAGGGUUGCUGUUCAACCAAUCGCUGUGCGGAAGCUGCGUGAUCCAUGAUGCUACGCUAGUUUUCGGUGUAGAGUCAAGCAAACUACAGAAGAAGCAGUACCAGCGCUAAAUACAGGUGCUACCGCUUCCGCUUAGUUGUCAACACUUAGACCUGCACGUGCGACCACCGUCGUAGGCGAGAGAGGCCAUAUGGAGGGGAGCACCGAGGGACGACAAAUUUUCAUGGUGGCGUGCCUCGCACAAAAGGCGAAGAAAUAUGCGAUGGCAAGAACCGCAUGGGAACAGUAUUUGGCAAUCAGGCCGUUCGAUCCCAAGGCGUACUACAAUCAUGGCGUUUGCAUUGAUUCCUUGGGGGAAAAGGAAGCGGCGCUCUCUAGCUUCGAGAAAGCUUUCGAGCUGCAACCGAGCUUGGCAGAUGCUGGAGCGAACGCGGCCGGCCUGCUCAUUCAAACUGACGAAGCCGAGCGCGCCUGCACCCUCUGUUACCUCGCACUUGACGGGAACCCCGACUGCGCAGCCGCGUUGUACAAUCUGAACACGGCUCUGCGAAUGGCCGGGCGACCCAGGGAAGCGAUCGCCUUGUCGUGGAGAUGGAUCCGGGAACGGCUUCCCGCGGGCACCCCGAGUUACGCCUCGGCAGUUUCCUUGGAAACCCUGGCCGCUGCAUCCAGUAGCAACAGCGAAGACGGACCUAAUCCUCACCCUUCUGCUGUUGCAACGACGAGAGCGGAGCUGCCAAUUUUUUGUGGCUCGAUGGGGGGCUUCGAAUCGGAGGUCGGAAAGAGAAUGGUCUGCAUUGAAGAUUGCUCUGCUGAAGGUUCGGCAGCCAAAGAACAAGACGCGGACGGAGCGAGUUGUGUCACGGUUGUGUGCAUUCGGUGGGGGCCCAAGUACGGGCCGGAAUACGUGGAGAGACUGGCCGCGGGUGUACGACGAAACUUGCGGAGGGACCACCGCUUCGUGUGCUACACUGAUGAUGUGGAAGCGCUUAGCGAGAUGCCUGGGGUGGUGGCAAGGCCGCUCGGUUCGGCUAGGUGUGGGGAAUGGCGAGGGUGGUGGCACAAGGCGUUCCUGUUCUCGAGGGAGACGACAUUGGCUGGACGCGUUGUGUACAUCGACCUCGACACGGUUAUCGCCGGCUCUUUGGAUGAAAUCGCCGGCUAUGCUGGCCCUUUUGCCGUCCUUUCUGCGGAGGGGAUGGCAAACGAGCGCCGUCCAGGGGGUUUGAACAGCUCGGUCAUGUCUUGGGAUGCUGGUAGGGAAGUGAAUACCGUCCAACCAGUGCACGACCUGCUGAAAGAGGCAUAUGCGGUGGUGAGUAUGCCAAAUCAACCUCGUCGUCGUUGUUCCGCAUUACAAUCCGUUCCGGGCCGCCCAGUCCCUCCAAACAGCCGUACCGGUCCACCUGCCUUGGAUGUCAUCUGUUGUCACCUGUCAACACCCCAAAACAGGGUACUAUCUUGGACGAAGAAACGGGGACCCGGAACAAUCAUCACAACUGCUGUCUUCAACAUUUUUCUUGUGUCUAUCUGCAGCGUCUGGGCGGAAAUAUGACUCUUUUUGUAAGAACAAGAACGUGGGCCACGACUCUGCGAGAGUUCAUAUGUGCCAUGCCUGCGUACCAGCACCAUUUUCCACCCGCAACCCUGUUGCCCUUCAAUCACAUAGGUAACCGCGUGCGUGCACAAGUUUGACCACUGGCUGGAAAUGGCGGUGCCUUCAGCAAGAACCUUGCAACGCGCUUUCCCGGAUCAGAUCGUCGAGUACACCUCUUUGCGGUUGGCAGCGGCGGCGGGGGUAAAAGCUGCCGAAGCUGGCAAUUUCCUGCUGCCACAACUGCCCCAGGGCGCUCGAAUAGUGUGUUUCCCCCUCCAGCCCAAGCCUCAUAACGUCACGGAAGACUGGUUGCGACAUAUGUGGUUGGGGGAACAGGCCAUCGGGUAGGAACGUACAGGAUGGUGCUCUUCUUGAAAAUAUGUAGCGUAUCUGCUGUACUUGGUAGUUUGAAAAUCACUCUGAACGUAGAGAGUUGGGAGCAAUGACGCAAAAUCGGAGAAUACAAGUUUUUUUAAGCCGACCGUUGUUGUUCACAUUUGACGGUCGAACGCCC